AUGCCACCAAAAAAAGGUAAAAAAGGCAAAGAACCUCCGCCACCCACGCCUGGUAAAGCCACUGGUCCUCCUCCAAAACCAAAAAAGAUUCCUCCUCCACCGGCAUGUUUUACCACUGAAGACCUGCUCAGAUUUAAAGAAAUGUUCAAAGCUCACGAUGAAGAAAAUAUUGAUAAGUUGGGAUUUAAUCCUAAAACAGCAGAGAUACAACAACUAUUCACGAUGUUUUUGGAAGACGAUUUGGUAGACACAGUGGAAUUGCACGAAUGGUAUCAAAUGAUAGAAGCCAAAAUGAAUUGGGGUGAUGACUUCGAAUUAGCAGUGACCAAAGCUUUUGCCGCUUUAGGUCACGACGACGAUGAGACAGGUGUAUGUCUACUUGAAGUGUUAAAAGAAGAACUGAUGUCUUGGGGUGAACCUCUCUCAGAAAUAGAGUUUGUUGAUUGGGUUCGUCUAGCGAUUAAAGAUAAGACGUUUAAUAUAGAAGAUGGGUCAUUCUUAUAUACGAAGUUUAUUGAAAAUAUGAACAAUAAGGAUGAUAAAUAUAUUAAGGAACCUAUCAACUUCUUUAAAUUGGACCAGAAAACUUUAGCUGAGAUGGCAAUGAAGAAGGCGCAAGAAGAAAAGGCGGAACAGGAAAAGAAAGAAGCAGAACGUCGUAUGAGAGAAGAAGCUAGAAGGCAAAAGAUGAUAGCCGAUGGUCUACUUCCUCCUGAUUAA